AUGUCUCGCUCAGAUGAGGUCAACAAGAUGACUGAAAAUAUCUACAAGGGGAUCCCGGACCAGUUCAACCCCAGUUUGAAGAAUUUUGUCUCAUCAGGGAAGCUCUAUGAAAAAGCCCUGACAGGAGUUAUGGUGGCAGCCAAGGGAUUCUUUGAUGCGAUGGUGAAACUAGGAGAACUGGCCAGUGACAGCCAGGGGGUCAAAGAGUUGGGUGACACAUUGUUUCAAAUGGCUGAAGUACACAGACAGAUUCAAGUGGAACUAGAGGACAUGUUGAAGCGGUUUCAUUCAGAGCUACUCUCCCAGCUGGAGCACAAACUGGAGCUGGACAAUAAAUACCUGAGGGCCGCUCUGAAGAAGUACCAGAGUGAAUGCAAGGCCAGGACGGACUCUAUCGAGCGCUGUCAGUCUCAGCUUAAGAAACUGCGGCGGAAGAGCCAGGCCAGCCGCCAACCCAAUAAGUACAGUGACCGGGAGAUGCAGCUUGUGGAGCUGAUGAGCCACCACCAGGGGGAGCUGGAUGCUCUGGUGGCAGUGGGAUUCCGCUCAGCUCUGACCGAGGAGAGGAAGCGGUACUGCUUCCUGGUGGACCGCUACUGUGCAUCCACCAAGAUCUUCAUCAGCUACCACGGCAAGGUGAGGGAGCUGUUGUCCCAGAAGUUGACCUCAUGGCAGCAGUCAUGCUCACAGCCCACACGGCUCCCAGACCGAGCUCUCCAUCUGUUCCGACACACAGCCCCUCAGGCCGCCGGGGCUGCUGGGAUAGCUGAACUCCUCCGUCAGGCCAGACUGGCUACGGCGCAGCCAUUGGAGCAGAGGCUGUCAGUCCAGGAAGUCCAGCCUCUGCAUAAUGGCGAACCCAACCCUCGGACGCAAGGUGCUCCGCCUUCCUCCCAGAGCGAAACUCCACUUACCCAGAACUCCACAGGCCCCCAGACCUCCCGCCCCCUGAACAUGCAAUCCAAUCACAUGCCACAGCACACACCAAGCCACACCAGCACCGGCACAAGUGACAGCACCAACCAGGUCAACACCUCCUCCACAUCAAGCAACGUUCAACACACCCCGCUUCCCACAGCCCGCACCACCUCAGACAUCUUUCACAAUGCCCCCUUUACGACUGGUCAGUGUUCCACAGAUUCAUCCUCUUCUCCGUCCCAAAAUGACACUCACAGCCUUCAUCUAUCCCAAUUUGAGCCUCUCCCUAGGGCUCAGGCACCACUGCCCCACCAGGAAGGUUUCAGCAGUACUCCACCUUCCCACAAUCUCCUACUGAAGAAAGCCGCCGAGGUCUAUGCCACCUCCACCUUACCACUGUCCCGGAGGCCCACCAGCGAGUCACGGCUUGGGCUUCUGGGAGGAACCCUGCCCAGAGUACUGCCCAUCACCUCUACUACUCGAGUGGAGGCCCUCUUUCCACAUGUCCCUGGAGGGGGAGAAAUGGACCGGGUUGGGCUCGGGGGCACCUGCCUCCUCCACUUCCUUCCUGGGGACACCCUCGUGCUCCUCAUCUCUGAGCCCCGAGACGGGUGGCACUACGGGCAGAACGAGAGAACUGGGAGGAAAGGCUGGUUCCCUUUCUCCUACACUCAGCCCUACCCAGCAUCCGCGGACCAACAUGAAAACAGCUUUCCCCUACUCUCCAAGAUGAGCAGUGCCAGCACUGGGUACCUGGACAAGCUUGGAUGUCCAGGAAUGCUCCACCUCAGUAGAGAGACAGGGGAGGACCGCUCCAGCCCUCCACUACGGCAGAGCCAUUUGCGCCCCCGCCCCUACACCAUGGCUACACUUGGUACUGCCCAGCCUUCUGCAGAAUCCUCUUCUCCACCACCCUCCCCAACCAGGACUAAUCCAUUUGCCCAUGUUCGCCUCAGAAAGGCAGUGACCAAUGACCGCUCUGCUCCUGUCAUCCAAUAGAUGGUCUGCCAUAGUAGACCAAUGAAAGCACAGUAUUUUGUGAAAUAUCAAGGUUUGUUUUUCUUUUUGCUGCUCAUGCUGGAAAGGUUUGGGGGUCGGCCCAGAUGCAGUAGGGGCUCAUCCCUCACCUGUUACAAAAUCUGUACUUUAUAUGGUCCCGGCCUAUGUAUAUCAUCCCGUAGCUUUCAGUCAGCCUAUGAGAAUGACAAAAAUAUAACGCUUAUAGCUAAUAGGUUUACCAACCGUCACAUCCGCCCCUUGGUUCCUCCUAAUCCCUCUUGGCUGGCAAGCCGGCGAAAACGAAACAUUUUAGAGGAAAUUUAUUUUACACAAACACGUUGCUAUUGUCCUACUCAAACGCGUGUUUCAUGCUAUUAAAAAGUUUCAAAGCGUUUCAUCUUUUUGCUUCCUCGUGAGCUUUUGCGCACCUGCGAUAAGGAUCUGUUCCAUUCCGUACUGCGUUGCCAGGUCAGUAUGAAGACGACUUAUCAGCCGAGUUCCCAGCCCAAAUGUCGUUCAGAAAGACCUGCAGUUCCACAACGCUGCCCUAUCAAACCCUCUUUGUCAAUCUCCAGUCCAUCAUGCCAAGUGUCCACGACGUUACUGCAGCACUAUAAUUGCUUUUAACAUUGCUUGUAUUAAUGAGAGCCUACGUGCGCGCAAUCUAAAUGCAAAUUAUGUAAUGCAUUAAUGGAAUUGUUGCUAAUUACUAAUAAGAAGCUACAUACUGAUUGUCAU